UUUUAAUAAAUUUAAAUGUUUUUUUAAAAAAUUACCCCGUUAAACGAAUUUUUUCCGUUAUAUUAAAAAAGUACAUGCGCAAUCCAUCCAAUUCCGGCUAAAACGUGCAUUAGCGCCGCCCUAAAAUCGUCUAGCGCGCUCUUUAUAAUCCGUGCACAGCACUAAAUUCCCACUAGGCGUGCACCUAUAUACUAAAUUCUCGUUAUUUCGUUCUGAGCCCUGUGCUCCGCCGUAGUUACCCACGGACCACUGACUACCGGCGUGAGCAAAGUGGAGGAACACGUGGAAGAUGCUGUCAGCAAAAACGCGACAAUAUUGCUCGGCGGCAAGCGCCUCCCUAAUCUUGGCACCAACUUCUUCGAACCGACAAUCUUGGGCGAUGUGGACGACUCUAUGAAAGUGAUGAAUGAGGAAACCUUCGGACCACUUGCGGCCUUGACCAAGUUCAAGACGGAGGAUGAAGUGAUACAAAGGGCGAAUAAUGUCGACGUGGGAUUGGCCUCCUAUGUUAUUACGAAUGAUUUAUCUAGGACUCAUCGCGUGACUGAGAAACUAGAUUUUGGCAUGGUCGCUAUCAACACGGGAGUCAUUUCGGAUCCUGCAGCACCAUUUGGUGGUGUGAAGAAUUCGGGUAUGGGGCGCGAAGGUAGUAAGUAUGGUAUGGACGACUAUCUGGUUCUCAAAACGGUUGUAAUCGGGAAUAUUAAUACUGAACACAAAUUGUGAUACUUGCUUGUAAUAAGGGGUGGACAUAAUUAGAAUUUGUAAAAGUCGCAGCUAACUGGACGAUGCUUAAGCUUAACAGUAAAUGGAUUAAUGGCUGCCCGUUAUAAACCCCCACGUAUGGUGGGCCAGGGCGCUUUGACGCCUUCCAUUAAAGGAC